GACAAGAGUCUUCUCCUGUGAGUUAUCAUGGUUUUAUACAUAUCAAAUUAGAAUUAAUUUCUUUAGGAGUAAAACCUUUUGGAAAAAAUUACUGAGUGCACCUUUAAAAGGCUUGCAAUAGAGAGACAGCAAUGUGUUUAUGUGACUGACUGCUGAACUAUUUGAGAGAGUAAAAAAAAAAAAUUUUGCAAUUUAAUAGUGGCUUACUUGUAUUAUCUGCUUCUUUUUACAAAGUAACAGCCUUAGAGAAACAUCUAAAUGAUUGGUUUAAGAGUGACUUUUCAAACACUGUGUUUUUCUUUUUGAGGGACCAGACCACAUCGGGGACAAUGAACAACAGCUCAUUCUGCAAUUCUACAUUUCAAACCCAUCUCCUACCCCCCAUGUAUAGUAUUGAAAUGUGUGUGGCUUUGGCAGGGAACAUAUUUGCCCUGUGGCUCCUGGCAACACGAGAGAGGCAGAAUUGGCACACUGGAGUAGUGUUCUCCUGUAACCUGGCCAUCAGUGAUGUGCUUUACAUCCUAACGUUGCCUUUGCUAAUCAUUUACUAUGCCAAGACCAAGCACUGGGCCUUUGGAAGCACUGCAUGCAAAAUCGAACGCUUCCUCUUCAGCUGCAACCUCUAUGUCAGCAUUUUCUUCAUUAUGUGCAUCAGUGUCAACAGAUACCUCGCCAUCGUUCACCCCUUCUUCACCCGGAGCUAUGUACGGCCUAAACAUGCACAGAUCACAAGUGUGCUGACUUGGCUAUUUGUGAUAAUUGUUUCAUCACCAGUCCUUAAAUUUGCAGGAACUUCCCAAAAUAAAGACAUCAUUCAUUGUGUGUCAAACUAUGAUGAUCAACUUGAAUCAUCCCAUUUUAAGUUCAAGUUAUUUCUAAUGGUUGUGGGAUGUAUGAUUCCUUUGCUAGUUACCGUUGCAUCUUAUUUAGGUGUGAUUUGGACAGUUUUGAAAAAUAAAAAUAUAACCAUACUGGAGAAGAGGAAAGUAGCUCUGAUGGUUGCUCUGGUCUGCAUCCUUUAUGCCAUGUCAUUUGUGCCCUAUCAUGUUCUGCAGACAUACCAACUGUAUCUGAGGAGGAUAAACAUUAAGAAAUGCUGGGUUUAUAAUUCAUAUCAAGUGUCAAAAGGACUAGCCACGCUAAACAUGUGCAUACAUCCGCUUCUUUAUAUGGCUGUUUUUGAUAGCAUACGGACAGCUUUCUGUGGUAGGAGCUCAGAUGACUAAGCUUCAUAACACAUAUCUUGCCAAAAACAUAAAGCAGUGACAUCCUGUGUAUAAGCAUAGCGUUUGUGUUAAAGUUAGAACUUUGUUUUUGUCUAGAUGCAAUAUGUAGAUACUUCCCUACAUGUCAUUUUUGUGUUCACAAGUAGGCUAACCAUGGAAAUGUCUGACAAUUACAAUUGACUGACUAUUGAAAUUAACUUGAAACAAGCUUUAAGCUGGAAAUAUAGGCUACCAAUUAAAGGCAUUUCAGAAAAAAUGGGCUUAUUUUUUUCUUAACCUGUAUUCUGAAUUUCUGAACAUAACAGAUGUUAUGAUGAAAUAAAUGUGAACUUGGAGGGCAGGUGUUCUGUUCUGUAGGGAUAAGAUGAGCCUCCUUUGUAUCUAGCGAAUUGCACAGUUUCUAUUAUGUGACAUCAUUUUCGGAAAGUGUCCAUCAACAAUAUUUUAAUCCUGUGCUAUAUUAGAUUUUUUAAAACAAAUUUAUUUAAUGUACAACUGAUAUAUUUUUUUAUUAUACUAAUUUUCUACUCUACUAAGAAAAUCUUGAUUUGCAUAAGGUGCACCCUUGCAUCUCUAGAUGCAGACUUGACGUUUCUUAGAAUCCUAGCCCACACUCCCUCCUCCAAAAACAUUUAAAUAUUUCUCCCAUAAUCUCUUGAUAGAAGUUAAAGCUCCGUCCCCCAGACUCUGAAUUAGCAGGGAGUAAUACACUGAUGCCUCAUGACCUUUUCCAAAAGCAGUAAUCACCAUUCCCAGAUCAUCUGGUGCUUUAAGGGGGUGUAUGCUACUCCCAAAUAUAGCACAGAGCAGGUAGCACAGUUGUAAAUACCUAAAAACUGAGAUCUGGGAAUCCCAAAAUGUUGAACCAAAUUUUCAAAAGAUCUCAACUCUCCACUCUCAUAUAGGUCACCGAGCGUAUUGACCUCCCUUACAAUCCACUCUGUCCAACAGAAAGGAGACUUAUUAAUACAUAAUUUUAGGUUCUGCCAUAUGCUCGAAGCAACAUUUAAAUAAAUGUUAAGCACUCAUAAAUGAAUUAAACACUCUGGACACGUUUGUCCAUAUCGAGUGUAAAUAUGAGAUAAUGGGGUGUAACUUAACUUCUCUGAUUAGUUUGAUAGAAAUGCUUUGCAAUGCAAAAUAGGGGCAAGAACUUCCUUUACAAUACAAAACCAGGGAGAGGCUCUCUCAGGUGGAAGCGACCAAUGAGCCAAAUGUCUGAGACUGAAUGCAUAAUAAUAAAACAAAAUCUUGGGUAGGCCUAGCCCACCUUUGUCAAUCAGCCUGUGUAACUUAAUGAAAUGUAAUCUGGGACACUUACCUUACUUAAAUGAAAGACUUUGCUAUGCUAUCAAAUUGCUUGAAAUAACAGAGGAGGACAUCUAUAGGGAGAGACUGUAGCAGGUAGUUAAAUUUUAGAAUACAGUUCAUUUUAAUAACAUUAACCUUCCCAAUCAUAGAUAAAUGUAAUGAAGCCCACCUGCCCACAUCGCUCGAAAACCUUUUUAUUAAAGGGUCAAAUUUGCUGGGAAUAAAAUGCCCAAAUACUUAAUGCCCUGUCUGGGCCACUGGAAGGUGCCCGGCUGAAAAGCCGUUAAUGGGCAGUAUGCUGUCAGAGCCAAAGCUUCGGAUUUAGACCAAUUGACUUUGUAUCCUGAGAAAUUAGAAAAGGAGUUAAUAAUUCCGUGGAGGCAAGGCAUAGAUCUAGAAGGGUCGGAGACAAAUAAUAAAAUAUCAUCUGCAUAAAGCAAAAGCUUAUGCGCCACACCUCCUGCCAUCACCCCUGGAAAAUCAUCCUUCUUUCUUAUUGUGGGUGCUAAUGGUUCCAGGGCAAGACAGAACAAUUAUGGGGAAAGAGGGCAACCCUUCCGGGUGCCCCUAUUCAGAGAAAAAUAAUCUGAAAUGAAUCAAUUUGUUUGUACCGCCUCUAACGGGUGUCUAUAAUGUAACAGUCCACCCAAUAAAUGUACUCCCAAACCCAUACAUUUCCAAAAUCUUAAAAAGAUAAUCCCAUUCUACCAUAUCAAACGCCUUAUUGGCAUCAAGUGAGAUGGCAACGACCGGAGACUGAUCAUUCACUACUGAUCACAUGAUAUUGAUGAAACGCCUAAUGUUAUCAGAAGAGCUGCGGCCCCAAAUAAACCCCACCUGACCUAUAUGUAUAAGAGAUGUCAUAACUUAAUCGAUUAAAAUUUUUGACAAUAUUUUAACGUCUAGCUUGAUCAGGGAAAUUGGACGGUAACUCUUACACUCGCUUGGAUCUUUGUCCUUUUUAAGAAUCAGACUGAUCCCGGCUUGUGUCAUGGUUGCCGGAAGCUUUCCAUUCUUUAAUGAUUCCGUAUAAACAUCUAGCAAAAUUGGAGCCAGUUCAGUAGCAUAAGAUCUAAAAAACUCAGCGGCAAAGCCAUCUUGCCUGUAGGUAAGGCCUUAAUUACCUCAUCAAGCUCCUCCAAGGUUAUCUCAGAAUCAGGAGAAUUUUUUUGCUCAGUCAUCAGUUUAGGGAGUUCUAAAGGUUCCACAAAAUUUCUAAUAUCUUCAAGAUAGAAUUCUUUAAAAGCAUUAUUAAUAUCAAUGGCCGAGGUAAAAAUUUCACCACCUGCAGAUUUCACUGAGGGAAUGGUAGAAAAAGACUCUCUCUGGUUUAUAUAUCUAGCCAGAAGCUUCCCUGCUUUGUCCCCCGACUUGCCCUGAAUAGCUAAAACUCCACCUUCUGCGACAAAAUAUUAUUAUAUCUGUAUUUUAAUAUUCCUUUCUAACUCAACGAGUUCUCGUGCUUUGUAUUUUUUGGCGAAUGAGGCAUACUGUAUGAUCUGACCCCUAAAAAACACUUUAAGUGCCUCCCAAGCCACGCCCACAGAGGAUACUGAGGACCAGUUGGUCUCCAUAUAAACAUUGAUUUCAGCCUUUAACAUUUGUUGGAAAUCAGUAUUUUGCAAAAGGGAUACAUUAAAGCGCCAGCUGUAUGAUUUCUUUUUCUCCAUAUGUGGCAACACCUCUAAACACACAGGGCGUGAUCUGAGACUAAAAUGUUUCCAAUUGAGCAAUCAGCAACAGAUGAAAUGAGGGACUUGGAUAUAAAAAGAAAAUCUAUUCUAGAAUAAAUCUUAUGAACUGAUGAAAAGAAUGUGUACUCCCUACCCGAUGGGUUCAAAAGUCUCAAAAUAUCUGUAAGACCAAGAUUUUUACACAUCAUGUGAAGCGUCAGUGUUGCUCUGAGGGGCUUACACACUUUUGCUUCAUUAUGAUCAAGGACUGAGUCCAUCAAAAGAUUAAAGUCUCCUCCCAAUAUUAUAUCAUGAGGGGUGCCAGCGGCUUGCAACAUCCCUUCAAGAUCUAUAAAAAAGCCCUGAUCAUCAGCGUUAGGUGCAUAAAUAUUAGCCAAAAUCAACCUUUGCCCCUGAAUUUCUGCUAAAACGAUGCAGUGAGAUCCAGCAGAUGGAAAUGACUUCAAUAAAUCAGAUGAUUUGUAGAAGGAAUAACAACUUUAAUUUGUAAAGAUUAAUAAAUAAAUAAAAAUAUUGAAAAUUAAUGUGAUAAUACAGAAAAUAAAUGUUUGAUUAUAAAUGUUAAGUAGAUAUAUCUUAAGGAUAUAUCCAAGGACUAAGUCCUGGAAUAAACCUACUAACACAAAGUCUUGUCUUUGUCUAAUGAACUAAGUAAAUGGAAAAAAGUUAAAGUACAGAGAGUCAAGAUGAGGCCUUAAAGUUGGAGAACAGAUGCAAAGAGCUAAAGAGCUGAGGUGUUAGUCUGACACCCAGAUAUUCAUUAAGGUCUUUAUACCCUUUUGGGACUGUGCCAGCAGGCAUUUCCUUUCUAGGUGCAGAAAGUUCUGCACAAUGAUGUAAUGACCCUAAGUACCAGGUCAGGUGGUUAUGACUUAUAUAUAAGUGUGAAACUUGUGUGAAACUUGUGGUUUGAGUGGAAAGAUCGACCAUAGCUCCACUCAUACAUUUGUCUAUGCAAACAACUCGUAAAUGUACUUAUCUCAGGUAAAUCUGAGGACAGGUGUCCAGAAACAUAUCCUGAUAUGUACUAGGUAUAUGUCUGUUCUAUGUCUGCACGUUUCUUGGAACAAUAGCAGACAUAAACUAUGCUCUCUCUUUCCAGCUCUGAAACCUCAUCAGGUCAAAAGGGUAAUCAACAUGUCAAAAGGGUAACAAACUCAUAUACUAGAAGACCAAAUGUAUACAUUUGGUCUCACGCAUGCAUUUAGUUCUCACAGGAACACUGGAUACAUAAUGCAUCAUGCAUGGAUAUAAUGAUAAUAAUACAGUGAUGUUUAUAAAUGAAUAUAUGUGUGAAUACAUAAGUGUGAAUAUAUGAAUAUGAUUGCAUAGCUUCUGAUUAUAGGUGAUUUCAAGCAUAAUAUCAAUAAGCAAAAAGUAUAAAAUAUAGGAAAGACUCUAGCCACUUGCAUCAAAUAAUGACUCUUCCUAAUUUAUCUUUAAUCUGUUUGAGACAUUUGAAUUGUAGAUGUUUAUUUAUCAGUGUAAUGACUCCUCUGCUCUUACUUGAGCCAGCACUAAAGAAAACAUGUCCACCCCAUAUCUUCCCAAAUUUUUCAGCUUCCUGUGGGGAAAGAUGCAUUUCUUGAAGAAACACUAUAUCAUAUUUCUUACGUUUAAAAAAAGUGCCCCAACCCAUUCACAUUCCACGUGGAGAGAGACAAUCCACUCAUAUUAACAUUUUACAUUUUGAUAUAUUAGAAAAAAUAGAUUGUGUGUCAAAAAUAAAAUUCUAAAGACCACAUUCUCCAUUAGUGCAACAAACAACCCCUGAACUUCCCCCGGAAUAAAAAAAAGAAAAAAAGAAAGAUGUGCGCUUUAACCCCAUGCACGAUAGCGCCAACCGGCGUCCAUCCCCUCUAAAUUAAAUAGUCCAUGUACGCCUACGAGAGUCCCCGCGACAACUUUGCCAUUGAAAUGCUCAAGAGCAGUGCUUCAAUACAAAUUUUGUGAGACAGAAUUACACAGCAAAAAAUAGUCUACAAAACAAACUCUAGCCAAUAAACGGAAUAAACACAAAAAACGUGUAGAUUCAUCCUAGCGGAACGAGCACACACACACAAAAAAGAAGAGCUCGUCUAGGAAUUUUACCAUAUCUCAGCCUACUUCGUUCUCAGGAAUUCCAACAAAUCAGACAUUGUUUCACCGAUUAAGAUUUUCAAGGUCUUCCAACUUUUCCCAAACGCAUUCCAAAUCUGUCUUGGUUGCUAGCGGGUUAGCAGCUAAUUCCCUCUCCGAUGACUCCAGAUAAUCUAUCUGUUUCUCGACGUUCCCCAGUCUUGUAACCAACUCGGUGAAUUUCGACUCCAUGGCCGUAAUUGAUCGACAUAUUACAGCAAGAUCCUCCAAGUCCGCUACGACCUUCGUCAGCAUCACCGACAUGCUGGACAGUUGACGCUGAAUUUCACCCACCGCACCAUCCAAACUGAGUCCCUGGUCUGCGGCCCUGUCUGGGGUAUCAGCUUGAGCACGUAAGUGUCUUUUAAUAUCUCCAGAGCCUGAGGAUUUUGAAUUCUUUAACAUAUUGCCUUCAUAGAACAGUUAAGAAUCAGGGUGUAUCGAAUCUCACCGGUUUAUGACACAAAUAGUAAUAAAACUAGCAAAGUGCGCAGAGCUCGCCGUUCACACGUCCGACCCUCACAUGGCACCACCGGAACCAACCGCUUUGCAGAUCCUUGGCAUUCUGGCUGUCAGUUUGUCCAGAUACUCAGGUGACAUUUCACCCCACGCUUCCUGUAGCACUUGCCAUAGAUGUGGAUGUCUUGUCGAGAACUUCUCAUGCACCUUACAGUCUAGCUGAUCCCACAAAAGCUCAAUGGGGUUAAGAUCCAUAACACUCUUUUCCAAUUAUCUGUUGUCCAAUGUCUGUGUUUCUUUGCCCACUCUAACCUUUUCUUUUUGUUUUUCUGUUUCAAAAGUGGCUUUUCCUUUGCAAUUCUUCCCAUAAGGCCUGUACUCCUGAGUCUUCUCUUUACUGUUGUACAUGAAACUGGUGUUGAGCGGGUAGAAUUCAAUGAAGCUGUCAGCUGAGGACAUGUGAGGCAUCUAUUUCUCAAACUAGAGACUCUGAUGUACUUAUCCUCUUGUUUAGUUGUACAUCUGGCCUUCCACAUCUCUUUCUGUCCUUGUUAGAGCCAGUUGUCCUUUGUCUUUGAAGACUGUACUGUACACCUUUGUAUGAAAUCUUCAGUUUUUUGGCAAUUUUAAGCAUUGUAUAACCUUCAUUCCUCAAAACAAUGAUUGACUGAUGAGUUUCUAGAGAAAGCUGUUUCUUUUUUGCCAUUUUUGAUCUAAUAUUGACCUUAAGACAUGCCAGUCUAUUGCAUACUGUGGUAACUCAAAAACAAACACAAAGACAAUGUUUAGCUUCAUUUAACAAACCAAUCAGCUUUCAUCAGUGUUUGAUAUAAUGGCAAGUGAUUUUCUAGUAUCAAAUUAUCAAUUUAUCAUGAUUACUCAAGGAUAAGGUGUUGGAGUGAUGGCUGCUGGAAAUGGGGCUUGUCUAGAUUUGAUCAGAAAUUACUUUUUUCAAAUAGUGAUGGUGCUGUUUUUUACAUCAGUAAUGUCCUAACUAUACUUUGUGAUCAGUUGAAUGACACUUUGGUGAAUUAAAGUAACAAUUUCCUUCCAAAACAGCAAAAUCUGUACAUUAUUCCAAACUUUUGGUCAUCAGUGUAUGUAAAUGGACAGGGUUGGGGAGUAAUGAAAUACAUGUAAUGGGAUUACGUAUUUAAAUACAAAAUAUAAGUAACUGUAUUCCACUACAGUUUCAAUUUAAAUCAUUGGUAAUUAGAAUACAGUUACAUUCAAAAAGCAUUUUGAUUACUGAAGAGAUUACUUUGCAUUUUAUUGUCAUUUGUUUCAUUUAAUAUUUAGUCCUUUCAGAUGGAAAACAUUUAUACAUAUAAAUGAUGUGAUCCAAAGAGCAUUUGAACAGCGGUGAAACACUUUCUUAUGAUGUGUUACAUUCAUACGAGCAGACAGAGAAGUAAGUCUGAAGUAAGUUUGGAGCAGAAGACUUUACGCUAAGCUAAAAUGCUAUUUCUAGCCAUUUUACAUGCACGUUACCAGGCACAAUCAUAUUUUUUUUUAUCAAGAAAAUUCACGUUGGAUCAUAAUUUCUUUUUUUCUAGUAAGACCUUUGAUAUUAGGGCAAAAAUCAUAUUCUUGAUAAUAAUUUUUGUAUUUUUCCUGUAAAAAAAUAUCUAAAAAUCCAAUUUGAUUUAUCUUGUUUUAGAAACAACACUGCAUAAGAUAUUUAGGUUUUUCAGAGAAUGUAUUUUUAACGUGUAUUUUGUCUUACUGUACUGGCAGAGUUUUUAUAGUUAAAACAAGUGAAAAAAUCUACCAGUGCUGAAGAAGUAAUCCAAAGUAUUUAGAAUACGUU